AUGUCGCAGCUGGGAUCGGCUGUGCCCUCAACAAACUUACCUGAGGGCCUCCCGGUGUCCAGUUUGGCCCUUUUGAUCCUGGUUCUGAUUCCCUGUGUGGUUCUGCUGCUGCUCCUCAACUGCCUGUUCGUGGGUUACAAGCUCUUUCUGUUGACCCGGAGGAAGAGAGUGCGCUGCGGGUCCGAAAUCUCGCUCGUGCACUCAACUCAGAGAAUCACGCGCUUCUCUGACGAGCCUCUCUUCGGUCCAAACAGAAAGACCAACUAUGUUUCUGUGUCGGAACCGGUGCUGGUGCCACCCGUCACAUCGUCCCUGACCUCAUCGGCCGAGAGAAGGGCCACCGGGCAACGCGGAAGGUUUCUACGCCCGGAUGGGGCAACGCACCCCUGGUCCGGGUCACUGCGCUUGGCAAACUCGCGCUCCUGGAGGAAAAGCGCACCUGUUUUGCUGCAGUCCAGCGAUUCGGAGACGGAGCGAAUUAACACGGUGCCACCGAAUUCACCCGCACUGCGCGUGACUCCAAACGGGUUCUCAGUGCCAAUGACUUCCAUGCGUAGAAGCAGCACUAUGGAUCUGGAGAGUGCUUCACUGGAUAAGAUCCACAUGGUGUGUGAGUCUGCCAGCAGCAUCCUGCCGGAGAACUCCUGUUAUGUGCCGUCAUCAAGCCUUUCUGCUGGAGGCCCAGGACUGGACAGUGAUUUUGGAGCCAGUGCAGGUGUGUCUCUACGUAUCCUUUCUAUGGACAGUGAUGGUUUCCCAGGCUCUGCCUGGGCGUCCGCUCUGGAAUGGGAUUACUAUGACCCAAGUUACGUCACCCAAAACCACAUCCCCAAACACAGACACCACGCACCUCCCAUCACUACCAAACAGUACUGGGUCUAGAGCCUGUGCUCCAUAGAGAGGAUGGAGAACUCCAGAACAGCCUUCUGAAACAAGACUCAAUUCAGCCAUACUAAUUCUAGAACUUCAGUUGAGUCUAGAUUUAUUUGGUCUGGGUUUAGUGCACUUAAAAGGUCCACUUGCUGUUUUAACUGCAACACAUCACUUGUAAAAUCACACACAAUGAAAAAAAGAUGUUCACAAUCACAGCAUAGUUCUGCAGCUUCGAAAGUUGUUUAAAAAUGUGUUUACAGAAUCACUCCACUUUUCUCACUUUAGGACACGUUUACUCAAGUCACAUUUUGCUGUGGUCUUAAAGGACUGUUUUUAUAGAUGUUAUGUAUUUAUUUCACAGCAUUUGACACCCUACGUUAUUUAUAUUUAAAGUGUUUAUAGAAGCGCCCAAUUUGUAUAAUAAAGUUUUAAAAAACAGGCUCUGGUUUUAUUGCUUGAGGCAAAAUAUCAGA